AUGGGGGAGGGCGCCGACGCCGCCGCCGGCCAAGGGACGCCGCCGGGACCUCCGGCCCUGGAUCCGUCGGAUCCACCUUGCCCUGGCCCGAAUCCCAGCGUUGGUUGCCGUGGGGGAGGCGCCACCGCUCGUCUGGUGGAGCGCGUGCGGCCCCGGCUGGUGGACGGCGCUCCACCAGGCGCCCCCUCCGGCGCAGCCAGUGGCCAGCCCGGUGCGGCCGCCACGUCCAGUGGCCUCCCCCUCAGGCAGCCCGGCGUGGCUAGCGCGUCCAUCGAGCACGAGCAGCCCAGCGCGGCUGGCCCAUAA